CUUUGUGUGAGUCGAUCACAUUUCUCAUCAUUAGAUUGACGGUCUCAGGGAAACAUGUUUAUACAAAUAAAAUUCAUAGCAAUGGAUUUUAUAUGAGAUAAGGUCUGUUGGGAUAUCAAAUGGUAGACAUUGCAGUUGAUUACAUCCACCAAUUGGGCGUGUAGAUUGACCUGUUUAAGCUAGGUAUCACCUUUACUGAUUUUGUUAUCAACUAUAAAGAUCUACUUGACGAACUAUAUGUAAGUUUUACUUAGAGUUUAGAUAAAGUCAUUGUAGCAAAUUCUUUUAGAUUGUCAUAGUAAUAGUAAUAUGUAAAAAUAAAAUGCUAGAAACAUUAUUUUUGUUGACCAACGACAAACCACAUAUAAGGUUUACUUAGUUUAGAUUUAAUUGCUAUAACAAUUUUUUUAUUACCAUAUUAAUAGUAAUAAGUAUGUAAAGAAAAAUGCUAGAAACAAAUUAUAAAAAAAAGUUUAACCUUCCUCAACGAAUAACUCAAAAUGAGUGAUUAUAAAAUAAACAAUUUUUUUAAUAAGAUGGAAAGACACCUUUAGCCUUCCAUGAGAUAAGGUGGAGGCUCCAAUUUUUGUUUUAACCCACUUAUCAUGCUGAAUCUCUAUAUAUUAGUGUGUAGAAGAGAUGUAGAAGUCAAAACUUAUUUACAUGGCGUAAAAGCUACGAAAGAUUCUUACUGAUUUGUUUUUUAAUAACGAGAAUGAAAAAAUAAAAAUAUGACAUUCUCAUGACCGGAAAUUCUGAAUGUAGCAUAUUCUCACGAAGAAACUCUAUAAAUUAGUGGUAGGAAGGAUUUGAAAAAAAAAAUAUUUAUCUUCCUAAUAUUUAGAGAACCGGUUGUGAAUUUGUUCUUUUUUCCCCCCUCACUUCAUAAAAAUAGCCAUAGAAUGCUAGUAUUCAUUUUCCAUGAAUUUUUGUUAACGACCAACCCAUUGUUUAGGUCUAUUUGUUAUGACUUUGUCAUGAUAAAUACUUAAAAGGAGAAGAAUCCUUCAAGAGAGUUUUCAUUCACAGCUACCAUUGGUGGCAACAUUAGAGAACAGUCUAUCGUAAUUCUCCCAAGAUGGACAGAAACCAGGAGAAUAGUGUCCGUAAGUAGAGCAUCUAUUAGCUAGCUUUCUAUUUGGAUUACUUUCUCAUGCAUCUUUAUUCUUUAAUUUAAAGUCCGAUUGAUGCUUGAUUGUCAACCUUAUGUUUGACAUUCGAUGCAUUUAAGUUUCAUUCAUCUUGCCAAAAUGUCACAUAGCGGGGAUUGGUGAAACCCUCGGCUGGGCGGUCGAUCCGGACAUGGCAGGUCAUGAGUUCGACUUCGAACCCGUCUCGAGGCUCAUUCAUUCUUGGUGUUCGCGCUUCGCCAUCGAUCUAAGCGGUGUGUGUGGAGAUGUUCAUGGGUUAUAAAAGAAAAUUCAUUCAUCUUGCGUUGAUUGCUGCUUAAAUAUGUUAUCUAUUUGUGAAAAAUUUAUUUGAUUUAGGAAAUUAAUCAAACUGGACACCGCGAUAUCUUACGUAAUUACUAUUUUUUUUUUCAGGAAUCUUAGGAGUUCCCUUCCUUUUAUGGGUGCUACUAUCUGUAUUAAGUUGGCCCCCUUUGUUAGUAUGUCCCAUCAAAUCAAUAAUGUUACUUGUCCCUUUAUUUAGGGAACAUAAGAUCAUUGCUCAAGUUAUACUAGCCAUUGUUUUCGGCUGCCUAGCACUCAUGGUAACUUUCGCGGUGUAUCAACUCGGCAAAGAUAUCGGUGCCGGCGAGUACAAGCUUGGGCGUCCCGGAAAACUUGUUGACAUGAUUACCUGUUUUUAUAUAUCUUAUGUUGCUAUGAUCAAUGUCGAGGUCGAUUUCGGUGAAAUGGGAUUCGCAACGCUGAGCACGAUAGGCUUCAUCACGCAGUUCCACUGCUUUAUAAAGUUAAGAUGGAGACUUUUGGACUACAAUUUGGCCGAUCUGGUAAUAGAUUCUAUGGUGAAUGCGUGCAUAUGUGGCCUACAGGUGAUUGGUGGGACUGUGAAAAUAGUCGGUACGGCGAUAUUUUGCGCCUUCUGUUUUUGGUACAAGUAUUCCACGUAUUUGAGGUUUGUAGAAACAUAUGAAGAAAGAGAUUUUGUUCUGCGACACUAUUCUUCUGGUUGAAUAAAACGAUUUACUUGUAUAUCUUCCCAAUAUCUAGAGAAUUCGUUUGUCAAGUAGUUUGGUCAACUGUUUCAUUGCAGAAAAAUUUAUACAAACAUGUGUGUUGACAAAAGCUACGUAGUAGCAAACUAAACAAAGUUUCACAAGCAAAUACAUUGAUGAGAACCAAUAUUCUCUCACGGCUGUUAUCAAAGAAAGUUAAAUGAUCUCCUCUAAUAAUUUGCAUCCUCUUAUCCAUUUUGAUAAACUAGACUAUACUAAUGUAGAAAUUAGCAGGUAAAAUUAAUUUAUAUAAUUUAUUGUGGUUGGAUUGUAACAAUUUGGUAAUUUUUCCAUCCAGCAAAUUUUUAUUUUCAUUUCCAUUUUGGUAAUUAUAAUUUUAUGAUUUAUUUCUUUGAUUAAAAUGUAGGGUUUAAGGUCGGCGAGCUGAGAGCCAGGCGGCGUCUGCUUAAGGUGAACUGCGACGAUCACAGUAUAUCUCUCGCCGGCAAUGGUGGCUCGGGGAACUUGACCAGAGCUCCCAAGCGCUGCCACGUUUACUCUUAAGAGUAGGGUUGUCCAUUUGGUUUUGUUUUUUCGGUUUUACCCGAAACUAAACCUAUUGGAAAGGU